AUGUCCUGUCUGCUGUGCGUACCUUGUGUUGUCCGAAGCAGAAAGUGGCACAGCAUCAGCAUCCCUCCCGUCUUGAACGAUCCACCACAGGCCAUCGAUGUACCCUCCGCACACGGCUCGGCUGAUAACUGGGGACGAGUGAGAUGGUUUUGGGACAAGGAGAGCGAGGUGAGCUGCCCCGUCGUCACCCGCACCGGUGUCUGGAAGCAUACAGGUUGCAACGGGGGGGGGGUGGGGGGGGGGGGGGGGGGGGGGGGGGGGGGGGUGCGGGGGGGGGGGGGGGGGGUGGGGGGGGGCUCCGCGGGCCCCAGCGUCCUCCCCAUAGCUGUGGAGAAAGUUCGCCCCCCGACCCACAGAUACCCCACGAUGGUCAGGCCCUUCCCGGCUUUGAGGCUGACAGGCAAAUGUCAACAAGCGAGGGGACUUCACGUGAGCGUCUUCAUCCAGCCUUCAGCAGUACCAGGAUUAGAGGCCUGGGAAGAAAACAAGAUCGUGUUCAUGAAAACCUGUUAUGAGAACAUACCGUAG